AUGCCUGAUUCUACCCCUAUGCCUACCUUCCAUUGUGGCACAACGUCCUCUACCUUGGACUAUAUAUUCUCUUCUUCCGAUAUGUUUUCCCACUGCAUUUCGUCUUCUAUGGAUUAUAUUCAUCCGCAAUGGUCAGACCAUUUCCUAGUUUCUGCAUCUUUUCUCUUUGAUUCAGGCACUGUCUUGGGGAAAGGCCUAUGGCGUGCCAACCCACGUCUGUCCUACAACCAGCAUUUCUGUCUCCAGCUUGACUCUCACAUUCAUUCCCUCGUCAACUCUCUACCAACAUCUCUAUCUGUUCAAGAACAGUGGGAUAGUCUCAAAACCAAUGUCAUCUAUUUUAUCCACUCUUAUUGCCAUCACCCUUGCCGCAACCUCACUACAAUAGAAGCCCAGUUGCAGAGCAAGCGCGCACAUCUGAUACAAAAUUCAAUUGCCCAACGCGAUGCCUUUUGUUCCUCAUUGUUAACAACCAUACAAUCUUCCUGUGCCAUACACCUCACUCAAUCCUUAUCGAUCUGGGGGCAUGCCACCGUUCUCAAUACUCUCAUUCUCUUCCAUCUCUGGCAUGCCCUACGUGUGAUCUCUGUUCCUGUGUCAUUUCUCGAUAAAGUGAAGUUGGCCAUGGGUCAGUUCUUGCAGCACCAAAUGUUUUCUCCCAUUAAGCUGUCCACUCUUUGUCUCCCUCUUCGUUCUGGCGGCCUUGGAGUAUUAGAUCCUUCUAUACAACAAGGUUGCUUCUGCAACAUAUUCUCUGCUAUUGAUAGGCUCCUGCACGACUUUUUCUCCCUUGCCCCCAACAUUGCUAUGUGUUUGGCACUUCCCCUCCACUCAGUAUGCCUACCAGCCACAAGCACUACCUCCUUCCCUCCCUCCUGGCAACACCUCCGCGUUGAAGAUGCCUUUCUUGUUGACCCUUCUUUUGACAUUCUCUGCCGUCGAGCACUGGCUGAUUUCCCAUGCAACCUGUUCAUAUUGCGCAAGUUUUUCAAGAGAGUUGACUCUUGCAACAUCUUGCUACAACCUUUCCUUGUUCGCGCUUUCCUCCCUUCUCAUAUCCUUCAGCUCAAUGACCCUUCCAUUCCUUCCCGUUCAGGUUCAUCAAUCAAUGCUAGCCCUUUUGUUUGCGGCCUUUUACCUGGAAUACUGUGGUCCAAGCUGAAACCUCAUAUGUAUCGUUCUCUUUGUUCCUCUUCUGUUUCUUCUCCCCUGUCAUCUACACUGUCCAGCUCACAAUGGCAAAUCUUUUGGAACCUUCCUAUACACCACCAUGUCUGCAACAUCUGGUACCGAGGUCUGCACCACAAAUUGUCAUCCCGCUCCCUGUUGCAUCGCAUACUUCCUGGCCCCUUCCCCACCAACUCUUGCCCCAUUUGUGAAGUCUCUACAGACACACCUGAUCAUUUCCUCUUCUUCUCCCCCCUCAAAAUUGACGUUUGGUCUACAUUCUGGCAAGAUGUUUUUGGAUCUCAUCCUACUCUUCCUAUACUUCAUGAUGCAUUUUACAACCUGUCUUUCCCCUAUAUCCGCCCCUCUGAUAUUCAUGCCGCCUCUCUCUUUAGCUGUGCCCUUCUGGCGAUCUGGCAACAUCAUUGGUCUACGGUAUUCGACAAUACACCUUUUGUAUCUUCCACCAUCCUUUCUACCGCUUCCCGCUUGGUUGCUAUAUUUAAGGCUAAAAAAUCUCUUGAUGACCUUGCCUGUUCUCUUGCUACUUAG